AACCAAUUCCAAUUUAGUUCUCAUUCCAAUCCCCCGAUCUUCUCUCAAGCACCCAUCAAACAAAGCAAUGACUAUUAACUUGCCUGGUGUUGUCAGUGCUAAGAAAAUCCUUUGUCCAUCAGUGCCAACUACAAAAAAGAGAGCUUCAACAUCAAUUAAUGUACCAAAAGGGUUUUUUGCAGUCUAUGUUGGGGAAUCCCAGAAGAAAAGAUAUGUGAUUCCAGUAGCCUUCUUGAAGCAGCCCCUGUUUCAAGAUUUGCUGAGUAGAGCUGAAGAAGAGUUUGGUUUUGGCCAUCCAAUGGGUGGGGUGACAAUUCCAUGUCAUGAAGAUGUCUUCCUUGAUAUUACUUCUAGAACUGGCUUAUUAUUCGCUUCUCUCAACAUCCAUGCUGAAUUGUUCUUCACAUACACCACAUGCCUCAAGAAGAACAACCAAGAAACCUUAACCAAGUGCUUCAAAUUCGUAAAAUCCAAGGACCCUUUACUUUUUAAUGUGAUAAUAUCCAACUUUUGUCGAAAUGGGUUUGCCUUUCCGGCGCUAAAGACUUUAUCUUUCAUGCACUUUAAUGGUGUCGCUUUGGAUACUUAUGCUCUGUGUAGCUCCUUGAAAGCUUCGUCUGUGAUGGGGAAUGUUAAAUUUGGUGAGCAGAUACAUACCCAUGUGAGGAAAUCAGGUUGGUUAUCCAGUGUUUUUGUGGGUAGUGCUCUGAUUGAUUUGUAUGCAAAAUUUUUGCUGAUAGAUAAUGCAGCAGUUGUGUUUGAUGAAAUUCCUGUUAAGAAUACUGUUUGUGCAAAUGCACUUUUGUCGGGUUAUGGUGAGACUACGCAGUGGGUUGAGGGACUUGAAUUAGUCAGGAAGAUGCCUGGACUAAAUUUGGAUUAUGAUCAUUUCACUUUAUCAGCAAUGUUACGUGCAUGUGCAGGGCUAUCUGCAAUUGAAUUGGGUAGGCAGGUUCAUGCGUAUCUAAUUCGCAACGUUUAUGAUGUAGGAAGAGAUAUGUUUUUGCAGAGUGCACUGAUUGAAACGUAUGGGAAAUGCGGCCUGGUAGCGAAGGCUUUUCAAGUUUUCAAUUUGUUGGGGCUAAGCUUUGAUGGACAGAGGAAGAGGGAUGUUGUUUUGUGGACUUCAAUGCUUGGUGUGUAUGGUAGAAAUGGGCACUUUAAAGAAGUGAUUUUGUUGUACGAAGAGAUGUUGAAGGAAAAUAUUAAACCAGAUGAGGUUGCUUUUGUGACAGUUAUCUCAGCUUGUGGUCAUUCAGGUCAGGUGAAACUAGGGACUGAGUAUUUUGAGUCCAUGACUCGUGAAUAUAAGUUGGUUCCUGGGCCCGAGCACUAUAGCUGUCUGGUUGGUUUGCUUUGUAGGACUGGCGAGUUGGAUAAAGCAUGGAAGGUGGUUAAUGAGAUGCUCCAUAAAGGGCAUGGCAAUGGUAGUGUUUCCAUGUGGGGUGCUGUGCUUACUGCUUGCCAGGAUCAUGGUAACAUUGAGUUGGGUAAAUUUGCUGCUAAGAAAGCACUUGAAUUGGAUCCCCAGAAUGUUAGUAUUUACGUUUUGCUGUCUAAUUUGUAUGCCAAGUAUGGAAUGUGGGAUGAGAUUGGCCUGUUAAGAGGGCUGAUGAAACAUGGAGGAUUAAAGAAAGAUGCUGGAUGUAGUUGGAUUGAGGAGGCUUCGCUUGGGGCUCAAAAGAAUCAUAGUUUGUUGACAACUUGGAUCACACUGCCUGCUCAUGUUAUAAGCCUAGAAAUGUUGAGUUGGAAUGAAAAUUUAAGAACUAUGAAGCUGGACCUUCUCAAGGACUUGCACUGCUCGUCUUGCAUGUGCUGGGUAGCAUUACAAGGCCAAUAUCACGUCAGAAUGAUGUUCAGCAGCACUAGGGCCUUAUAUAGGCUUAUUUUGUCAUCUGCAGCUCUGUAACUUGCUUCCCUAAUAAUACCAGCAUGGUGCUAAUUCUUUUCUCUAGGGGAAUAGCAAUAGCUAGAAGGAACCAGAGCAGCCAUGAUGAUCUAAUACCCUGUACAGUGUACAGAUUCAUACUGCCAAGCUUAUUAGUUAGCAAAAUUUUCCCAUCUAAAAGGCAAGUUCUUUGGCUUUCCGUAAUCAAAGGCAUGCUAUCAU